AUGGCUCCAAAAUCGUGGUUGCCGCUGGCAGACAAUUCUCCAUUCUCACUGGCCAACAUACCUUUCGGUAUUGUGACAAGUCCUCGAACGGGCGUGCCGACGCCUGCAAUAGCUAUCGGCGAGUACGUAUUGGAACUGGGCAAAUUCGCGUCGAAUGAUGGGUUUUCGCGAGCAUCAUCGCUUGCUCCGCAUCUGUCUGUCUUCCAGCAGACGACUUUGAAUGCCUUUGCUGCUUUGGGGCGUCCAGUUCAUCGACAAGUCCGACAGUACCUCCAGGACAUCUUCGCUGAAAACACCCCAUAUCCCGAAAUCCUAAGAGAUCAGAAGACGCUCCAAGAGCAAUGUCUCACACCCUUAAACGAGGUGACGAUGCACCUGCCGCUCACGAUCGGUGAUUACAGCGAUUUCUAUGGUGGAAUGAACCACGCCGUCAAUGCUGGAGCUUUGUUUAGAGGGCAAGCAGGUGCACUCUUGCCCAAUUAUCUACACAUGCCUAUAGCAUACCAUGGCCGAGCAUCGUCCAUUGUGGUAUCAGGCACACCAGUGCGUCGUCCAUGGGGUCAGAUUCUGGACAAUUCAGUGACCGACAGAAAAGCAACACUAUUUGUCCCAUGCCGAGCUAUGGACUACGAACUGGAAAUCGGUGCCUUCAUCUGUCGCUCGAACAACAUAGGCGACAACAUCUCGAUCAAAGACGCUGAGGACGGUCUUUUCGGAUUCGUUCUCAUGAACGAUUGGUCCGCACGUGAUAUACAGCGCUGGGAAUACGUGCCCCUGAGAACUUUCAACGGGAAGAAUUUCGCGACACAAAUCAGUGGUUGGGUUGUGCUUGCCGAUGCAAUGGCGCCGUUCAGGAGCAAAGGACUACGCAAUACGCAAGAGCUCUUGCCGUAUUUGAGAGAUCGGGAGGAUUCUGUGUACGAUUUGAAUCUGGCUGUGGACAUCAUAAGUCGCGAUCAGUCGACUACCGUGUCCCAGACGAACGCAAAGGAUGGUCUAGUCUGGUCGUUCCCUCAGAUGCUGGCCCAUCAGACCAUCACCGGAUGCCCGAUGAAGACGGGAGAUCUGCUGGGCUCUGGAACGAUAAGUGGCGAGAAGGAAGGGUCUCUUGGAUGUCUUUUGGAGAUGACAAUGAAUGGACAGAAAGAGCUCGUGCUCGGGAAUGGAGAGAAGAGAGCGUGGUUACAGGAUGGCGAUUCUGUUCGCCUUCGCGGGUGGGCGGGUACUCCGGAGAGUGGGCUCGUGGGGUUUGGGGACUGUUUAGGUCAAUUGAUUGCUGCACAUGAGUAUGAAGCACUUGAUCUGCCGUGA